GCCACAGUGUGACGAAGACAGUUUUCUAAUCAAUUGUUUCGGUGUUUCGUGUGCACGGGCACAGUUUUCCCAAGCACGCCUUGCUGCACGAGUCGACAGUUUUCGCACGGUAAUCAAGUGAGCUAGUUGAGUGUUAAAAGUGUUUGCUGCGUUGCAAGUUGCCGGUGGAGAAGCAUCGUCGGCGUGUUUCCAGCUUCGGUUUGGUCAUUGGCAGGCAGGCUGUGCAGCUGCGUGUGGGUAAGCGCCACGCGUGUAAAGAAACAGUGCAGAGUGUGUCUAUGUGUGCGUGUGUGCGUUGGGCGAGUGAGUGGCUGAUCAGUGUGAAAAGAAGCUAGUCCAAAGAAAGCAAAGGUACUUCUGCGCCCGAAAACGAAAAGUUUUUAAAAUUUUAAUUGUGAAGAGUGUGGCCCUUACAAGUUACGGAAAAAGAACGAAUCGUACACGAUAACUGAUUAAACGAUGGCCGUCAACGUCUAUUCGACCAACGUCACGACAGACAAUCUCUCGCGGCAUGAUAUGCUGUCGUGGGUGAACGAUUGUCUGCGAUCCCAGUUUACCAAGAUCGAGGAACUGUGCACCGGUGCAGCUUACUGCCAGUAUAUGGAUAUGCUAUUUCCCGGUUCCGUACCAAUGAAGCGUGUGAAAUUUCGCACUAACCUCGAGCACGAAUACAUCCAAAACUUCAAAAUCCUGCAGGCCGCUUUCAAGAAGAUGAACGUCGAUAAGAUUAUUCCAAUCGAUAAACUAAUUAAGGGUCGCUUCCAAGAUAACUUUGAAUUUUUGCAAUGGUUCAAAAAGUUCUUCGACGCAAACUAUGACGGUAGAGAGUAUGAUGCUUUAUUAGCGCGCGAUAACCUACCGAUGGGUUUGGGUUCCGGUGCAGGUGCACCGAAAGGUAAUGGCGUGUCAGCCGUUGCUCCGCCGCGUAAAAUGGCAAUCGGCACCACGGCAGCACCACGUGCUGGAAUCAAACCGAUGUCCAAAGUUGCACCCACCCGACAGAUGGUGCAGAGCCCGCCGGGGCGAAUUGGAGGUGGCGGCAAUGUAAAUACGAGCAAAUCGUCCUCCCAGAACAGUGUACCGAAUCAGCAGAUCGAGGAGCUUACCGCACAAAUGAACGACAUGAGACUAAACUUCGAGGGUCUGGAAAAGGAGCGCGAUUUCUAUUUCAGCAAAUUGCGGGAUAUCGAAAUUCUGUGUCAGGAUGAUGAGCAAAUCCAGAGUCCUUUCGUGCAAAAAAUUCUAGAGAUUCUGUACGCGACGGAGGAUGGUUUUGCGCCACCAGAUGAAAUACCGCCGGAGGAAGAGGAAUAUUAAACGGCCCGAUAUGGGGGGCCGCUCGUUGCGAAUCAGUGCUCCAGCGCAGGCGAGAAGAGCGGGAUGAUCGCUUUCGCUAAUGUGUAGUUCAUUUGCGCGUUUAGUGGUCGUUCGAUUGAAACGAGCGGAGUGUGCACGGACACGGAAAGAUCGUAGAAAAAUAAGCAACAACAGAACAAAAACGAAUGAACGUAACAUGCAGAUGCAGUAGUGCUGUGCUGUGCAUCCCAAAGCGCAAACGAAGGAUGACAACGGAAGUAAGCCGCGUAGUUGCGAUUUUGUGUUAAACGAGAACUUGAUUUCUGCAGCAGGCUUCACGUAAACGACAAAAAAACAAAAACAAAGUUGGUAAUGGUAAAUUAUUAAACCUAAUCAUUUAUACUACUUCAAACAUACACGCGCGUUUGUUGAAGAGGCAAUAGAUAUUUAAUCGCGCUGAAAGCGUAAGUAUGCUGCUGCAUGGUGCAUGUUGGUGUUUCGCGGUCGAUCUUCGAACUUCGAAGACGUGAGAAGAAUAAUGAGAUUUAAAAGACAUGACUCACAUGCUCACUCACUGCUCAUAUGGUGGUGCACGCGCAUAUUUCUUGUCGACUUUUUUUUCGUUGGCCAAAAACUGCUGGCAUAAUUGUCCCAUUUUGUGUAACUCAUCAUGUUGGCGCAUAUUCGAAUUAAGAACUUAUUUUUCUACUCUCUCUAUUACUAACUCAAGCUGACGUAAGAAAAAUGUUGGGAGGCAGUCGGAUACAUGGCGGCUUAUAGACACUGGAAGGACAAUGAAACAAUUCAGCAUUUGUUUGUGGGUUCCCAUGAAUUGCCAAUUGCAUUUGUGUGUAUCGAAUAUUAUUGUUUAAGCGGUAAAUGCCACCUUUUGUCUUCUUUUUGCGGUUUGAAAUGUAACGCUGACACGCGCUGUAAAUGAUUUCCACAACUUGCGUUAGCGUAGCGAAAAUGGUAAAACUGCGCGCACCAUUCAUGACCCUGUCGGUACUUGGUGAACGAUGGAUUUGUUAUUUUUGUGCAAACUGUUUUUAUGUUGAACGUUGGUACAAUAAAUGCUUGAUUUUGUCGGGUCGCUCUUGUCCGAUCCACCGAUGGAAACAUCAUGCUACAUGAUACACCAACCGAUUAUUGAAGCAUCUUCGGUCGCGUUGCGGAAGGAUGACCCUUUUCACUAGCUCAUAAGCCCCCGAUGCAGAAGGUUUGAUAAGGAACGCAAAGCAAAGAUAUAAACGAAGCAAACGAGCGGAGUGGAACAUGGAGUGUAGAAAUUGAUUACUACUGUAUAGGUAUAAUAGCUCAAAGGCGACUCCUGUUACAUAGCUAACAAAGAGAAUGGAUGAAACAGAACAGAACGUUGGAUCAAAAUUAUACAAGACAAGAGGAAGUUAUUAGUAAAGAAAGCUACCGCACCAGUCACUCGGUACACCAGCAGCAGUUGAAUGAGAGGAGGUGUUCAGUUUGUGUACUGAGGGGACAGGUGGUGUGUCUGGGGCUUGAUUUGAGGUCGGUUUAUGUUUGGCUAAUUAUCAACAUACGAAAGAGACCAAUAAUAGUCACAACGAUAUAGACGCAUUUACAAUUUGUAAAACAAAAGGUACACAACUUUUCUUGUAUGUAGUCGCUUCUCAUGUGACAAGAUGUAAGUUAGCAAUUGCAUUUGCCUUCUAUUAUUACUCA